GCCUGCUCGUCACCGAGGCGGCGUGUCCGUCCAUCACCCGCGCCUCCUCCGCACGGUCUCCAGGCUUCCUCUCACUCUUGCUAACAGCUCCUCCUCGCAGUGUGUACUGCAUUCACUGCCACAUAUCGCUAUAGCCGUGCUAUCGUCAGAGAAGCUCCAGGGUCCAAGUCGCGCGAUCGCUUACGGCGAUAAUUGACACGACAGUCAUCGAACCGACGGAAGGGCCGAGGGCGGCUCGUCGCUCUCAGGAAUGCCACCGCGUGCUGCCGCUCAGAAGGCCUCGCAGCUAGCGGCUGCUCAGCUGGAGAGCUCACCGCCACCGUCGGAUGGUCGGGAGUUUGGGGAGCCUUCCAAGCCUAGGACGCCGGUGAAGGUCACAUAUGGUCGCAGGAGACGGGGCCUUUCAUCCCCGAACAAAUCCUCAGAUGGGUCGCCAGGCAAAGAGAGGAGCGUCGGGAAACGCGUGAGACCUAGUCUCGGUGCCCUCGCAUCUAUAUCUGCUCAGAAGCCCAGCGGAAGCGGAAGUCGUGCAGAAAGCCCUACCGUAAUAAUGUCUGAGGACGAGACCGAAGAUGACGCAGUGGCGGAGCCACAGAGUCCCUUGCGCAGAAAAGCGGACAGUCGGAAGGCGGACGGAGGGAAGCGCGUUCCUCCCGCGAAGGUGCCGUCGGCUACCGCGUCUAGGAAAGGGAAAUCGAACGCCGUCGAGAGUAAUAACAUCCCCACAAAACGUAAACGUGCUAUAUCGAUCUCGUCUACCUCUUCCCUAUCCGACCUCGACGACAGCGACCUCACACCGUUGUCCUCUCCCAGUCCCGAAGCGUCGACUAUGCCACCCCCGAGACGCGCCCGGUCUGCUAGCACGCUGACCUCGCUUACAUCGUCUCAAAUUGCGAAGACUGUAGGCGGCCUCGGUCGCACCGACUCUGUGGCCACUCUACCCGGGAGCAGCGUUGCAGACGACGAGCCGUGGAGCUUGAGCAAGCUUGGGACACUAGCCUGGGUCAAAAUAGCCGGGUCGGGCGAGGUCAUCAACGAGAGUGGCGACGUACACGAUGGUGACGCGUACUGGUGGCCUGCAAAGGUUACACGGCCUCGGGAUCCGGUCAAGGUCUCCCUGUUUGGUGAUGGCCCUCGCGUCCUCAGUGACACUGCACAAGGGGAUCUAACAGUUGCCUUUCCCUCUCCAUCGAACAUCUUACCCAUGGUUCGUCGCGGUAGGAUCCGCUUCACUGAGCGAAACUACAAGGCUGCGGACCGGGACACUGCCGUCCAGGCAUUACCCCGAAAACGGAGGAAGCUGGAUAUCGACACGCGAUGGAAGGAGGCUCGGGACCUCAUGCUGCAAGAGGACGAAGACGCGAACGAAGGGCUGCCAAUGUUGCUCUCAAGUCACUUCAGUAAAGAUGCGUCUUUCUCCGUGAAAGCGCCAUCUAUAGGGGGCCGCAAAGCCAUGGAGGAGAAUGUCUCGUCUGAUGAUGAGGACUCGGCCAGGGUACAGGAAAAGCCCUGGCGUGCGCCGCCGUGUGAUCCAUCUCUCGAAGUGCCCGGCGAGCUUGUCCUUGCCAAGGAGAAGAAGAACCUCACAGACUACUGGCCAGCAAAGCUGCUUGAGUAUAUCCCGCCUCCUAAUCACAAACAACGGCCUCGUUUCAAAGUAGAGUUCUAUGACGGUGUAAUCAAGAGCAUCGACGCGGACUGGUUCUUUACGGUGUACGACAAGCACUUCAAAAGCUGUAAGCUAGGACGUGAUGCAAUUAAUUACGGGCUAGAAGAGGAACGCGACGACAUAGCUGCUCCACUGCGAAAUGAUGCGUCUGACAUGGAGAUUGCAGACGAGGAUGCCUUGCGUCCACCCACUCCGGAGCCGCCAAUGCCUCCUCUGGAGGACUUUGAGGAACUUACGCUCACGGAACAGUUCGAGUACGUCAAGCCGGUAUUAGAGGCUGUCAUCGACGGCCGUUUCGAGCCCGCCAACCAGCGUCACGACCAAUUCAUGCGUGGGGCUGCCGCGAGACGAGCGGUGUGCGAAUCGGGCUAUACGAGAGGAUCGUUGAAGCAAGACGAGGUAGAGGCAUUGCUGCGUCUGGUCCGGCGCUGGGCUACCAAGAAGGAGAAGCGGCGUGCUCUAGGAGUCCCACUGGGCGACCCGGACAUUGGCCCACAGCCUGCGGAAGACGGCGCCAUUGUGGGUGGCAGUCAGGUUCCGUCCGCGGACAGCCCCGUUGAAAAAGCUUUGACGCCUGUGGGACAACCGGCGGACCUUAAGACUCAGCCCACAGCCUCGGGAGCUGAGGAGCCACCCUCGCAGCUGACGCUUGAUGCCGACGCUAAUGCACAUGAGCCCGUUUUCGGUGAAACGACAGCGACUACGCUAAAUGUUACACGGCCACCGAUAUCAGGUGGCUACGAUAAUAUAGCUACUUCAGCUGAGAGAACAACCGCGAUGAGCGAUCCCGUCGAGGAAGAGCUGCAUAUCUCGGAAAGGGAUGAAUUGUCCGCACCCAAUGGAAUCCAACGGCCGCGUCCGAAGCUGUCGUACAAAAAUCUAUCAACCAUAGACCAAAUAACGUACUGUCAAAAUAUCCUGUUGCACGAGGCCGUACUUCAGCUGCUUCUGUGGCGUUCAGGGGAGCGUCCCUCUGUUCAACUCCUCAGUGAUGAUGAAGAACAGCGCCUGCACGACAUCGCCUUCGACAAGGCAAACGAGAGCAACUGGGUACAUGAAAUCAUUCGGCUUAAGCAAGCCGCUGAAGGCAAACUGCUUCCAUGGGCGAAUAAUGACAACCCCCCGGCCUCCGCAGCGCCGUCCAUAUCUACAGGUGGCACGCGUACACGGUCAAAGAGAGGGUGACGAUCUAUCCGGGACUUCGGUUCGUUGCUGUAUAUCACAUUGUUAUGACGCGCAGACUCCUGCAUGCUGUAUUGCUCUGAUUUUGUACCUGCAUGAUGCUACUCAAUGUAUACCACAUUUGCGUGCA